UAGAGCUAGCAGAUAUGCAGCAAUGGUAAUUGUUUUUCAUUGAAAAUCAGACUCAUAUUCUUUGCCAAGAGCAAAAGGCGACGUUUUUUGAUUUUCGUGCUAUAAAUCGACAAAAAGGAAUAAUUGGUCUUCAAAAUUCGCCCAAUAUAGUGAGCAAAGGGCGAAGUGAAACUAUAGAUUGUAUUUGGAGUUGGAGAAAGCGGAAAUUAGUGAAAUUGGUUGGAGCAAUUGCGAGAAAGGAAGCAGUCCGCAGUAGCAGAGGCAGCGGAAGAAGAAGAAACACCCGUCUGCAGCUAUUGUGAGCAACGUCAGCGUCGCGGCUGAGGCAGUUCAGCGCCCCAACCCCGACCCCGGAAAGUCAAAUGUGAAAAGAUGGCGACGAGUCGCACUAGUCGCAUACAGCAAACGAAGAAUAUAAAUUCGUUCUUCUCCAAAAUACAAGGUGCGUUCUCUGAAGCAUGUACACAGCAGCGCUUAUCCACUGAUAAGAAAACGUUAGAAAAAACAUGGAAGUUAAUGGACAAAGUCGUAAAGCUGUGUCAACAGCCCAAAAUGAAUUUAAAAAAUAGUCCCCCCUUCAUAUUGGACAUACUGCCCGACACGUAUCAGCGAUUGCGUCUCAUAUACUCUAAGAAUGAGGAUCAGAUGCAUGUCUUACAUGCCAAUGAGCACUUCAAUGUUUUCAUUAACAACCUGAUGCGCAAGUGCAAACAGGCCAUCAAAUUGUUCAAGGAAGGAAAGGAGAAAAUGUUUGAUGAGAAUUCACAUUAUCGAAGAAACUUGACUAAGCUUAGUUUAGUUUUUUCGCACAUGCUUAGCGAACUGAAGGCGAUAUUCCCUAAUGGAGUAUUUGCCGGUGAUCAAUUUCGAAUUACGAAGGCAGAUGCCGCUGAGUUUUGGAAGCUCAACUUUGGAAACAGUACUUUGGUCCCAUGGAAAAUCUUUCGACAAGAGUUGAACAAAGUACAUCCUAUAUCAUCUGGUUUAGAAGCAAUGGCCCUAAAAACCACAAUAGAUUUAACGUGCAACGAUUAUAUUUCAAAUUUUGAAUUUGACGUGUUUACGAGACUCUUUCAACCGUGGGUAACGCUGCUACGUAAUUGGCAAAUAUUGGCUGUCACACACCCUGGAUAUGUAGCGUUUCUGACUUACGACGAAGUUAAAGCGCGAUUGCAGCGUUACAUCCACAAGGCUGGUAGUUAUGUGUUCAGAUUAUCAUGCACUCGCCUCGGGCAGUGGGCGAUAGGGUACGUUACCGCCGAUGGUGAAAUAUUGCAAACCAUACCCCAAAACAAAUCAUUGUGUCAAGCAUUGUUAGAUGGUCACAGGGAGGGGUUUUAUUUGUACCCGGAUGGUCAAGCUUGUAACCCCGAUCUAUCAUCGGCAGUGCAGAGUCCUACGGAAGAUCAUAUUACAGUUACACAAGAACAAUAUGAGCUAUACUGCGAAAUGGGUAGCACAUUUCAAUUGUGUAAAAUAUGUGCCGAGAAUGAUAAGGAUAUACGCAUUGAGCCUUGCGGGCAUCUACUAUGCACGCCGUGCCUCACAUCUUGGCAAGUCGACUCAGAAGGACAGGGUUGUCCGUUCUGCCGUGCUGAAAUCAAGGGCACCGAACAAAUUGUAGUGGAUGCUUUCGAUCCGCGAAAACAGCACAACCGAAAUUCGACGAAUGGCCGUCAUCAAAAUACCGACGAUGACGAUACAGAGGUAUAAAUAAUAAGUAGCUUAUUCUAGAUUUUUUAACGCGCUGCGCAUCGCAAGUAACCCAACCAAAAUAUAAAAAAUUUCAAACAACCAAUCGGCGAGAAAAGUUAAAGUCCAUAGUAAACGAAUUUACCCUGUCUGUAGUACUAACACUAAAUUUGGCGUGAAAAACAUGUCAAUGAAUUUAACUGAACUUACUACUGCUAUUUAUGAGUUUCAUUAGUUCGUAUGUGAUCUCAAACGAGAAAAGAGCAUGAAGUUUAAUUAAAAGUACCAAUUGAUUAUUUUUUUGUUGCACUAAAAGGUAUAAGGUGAUAAAAAUCUAUGUAAAAGGUACUAAAAAAAUUUAUAAAAUCCACAAAACUUCAUCAGAGUUUCUAAUUCCAAAAAGUGUGAUUGGUUGUUUGUUAUUCUUGUUGGUAGUUAUCUUGAGAGGGAGGCAUAGUUUUGUUUGAUCAAAUGAAACACACAAACCUUUC